AUGGCCACCCAAUUCGAAAAGAAGCUCGUCCAAGAGGGCAACCAGACCGACUUCCCCAAGCAAAGCGACACCGUGACCAUCGAGUACACCGGCUGGCUGUACGACCCUUCAAAGAACGAGAACAAGGGCAAGCAGUUUGACAGCUCCGUCGGCCGCGGCGACUUCAAGACCCCCAUUGGCGUCGGCCGCGUCAUCGCAGGCUGGGACCAGGGCGUGCAGCAAAUGUCGCUGGGCGAGAAGAGCACCUUGAUCAUCCCGGCGCACAUGGGCUACGGCGACCGCGGAUUCCCAGGCCACAUCCCACCGAACUCGACCCUCAUCUUCGACGUGUACCUCAAGGGCAUCAACAACAAGACUGUCUAA